AUGAACGUCAGCGGCAGCGGGAUGCGGAAGCCGGUGGCGAAGGACGACAGUCUUCAGCCAGGGUCGCUGUCGUGGGCGCUGGUGCACGAGUUCAGUCCGCAGACGACGGGAACGAUCAAGGAUAUGUCCCGCGGCGACGGACUGAUCCUCGCGACGGACCGCGGCGGCGUCUCGCAGUGGGAAAUAGCCACAGGCAGGACGGAGCGUUUCAAGCCGAAGGAUCCGCGCGGCGUGACGCAGGAGCUCGCGGUGCUGGGCGACCAGCUCUGGGUGGGCGUGGGGGGGGGUAAUGUCGUCAUAUAUGGUCUGUCGAGCCGGGAGCCGAUCGACCAGAUUUCCGCGCACAAGGGCGACAUCGGGGACAUGGUCGCCGCGCACAGCGGCCGCUUCAUGGUCACGGGCGGCAAGGACUUCCUGGUGCGCACGUGGUCGGCGAAGGGCGCGCCGAUCGCGACGCUCUCGGUCCACCGCGGCGGCGUGGAGUGCCUCUGCGCAGUGGGCCCGGAGGACGGCGACGGGAACCUCGGAUGGAUAUGGUCUGGUUCCAGCGACGGCAGUCUAUUUGCGUGGCCGGACAGGGACGGGUCCGGAGAGGCCGACGAGGGGGCUGGGAAGUCGCUCACGCUGCCUGGGGGCUCCGGCGCGUCGUACCUGCUGCACGUCGACGGCCACAUGUGGGUGGGAAGGGAGUCCGGGCAGAUCACGGUGUUGGACUGCAAAACGAUGACGACCGUUGCAAACAUGUCGUCGCACAUCCAGCGCGUGAGCUGCCUGGCGAAGAACGGCGGCGUGGUGUGGUCGGGCUCCGCGGACCACAACAUCCUCGCGUGGGACCGCAAGACGUUCCAGCUCCUCUACAGCGUCGGCGACCAGGGCUCCUACGUCAAAUGCAUGCUAAACUGCGGCUGGAGUAUCUGGGUUGCGACGGCCAAGAAUCUGCGCGUGUUCACCGCGGACGGCUCGUACAACUGGCGCAAGGACAAGAUCAAGCAGUUCAAGAAGGAUCUCGAGCGCGAGCGCAAGGAGAUCGCCGACGCUCGGACGAAACUGCAGGAGCUGUCGCAGGAGCUGCAGCGGGCGCAGGCGGAGCUCGCCGCCGCGGCGUCGCGCGCGCAGGCGGGCGAGCAGGAAGCCAAGGACCUCCGGGAGCGCCUCGGCGCCGCGGAGGCCGCCGCCGCGGACGCGAACGGCGCUCUCGAGCAGGCGCGCCAGCAGGGGCAGACGGCGGAGGCGACGGGCGCGGAGGCGCGCGCAGCGGCCGAGGCGGCCGCCGCCGAGGCUGCGCAGCUCAAGGAGGCUCUCCAGGCGAAGGAGAGCGAGCUCGCGGAGGCGGCGGCGGCCCGCGACGGGCUGAAGGCGGAGCGCGAUGCCGUCGCCGCGGAACGCGACGCCGCACAGCAGCAGGUCGCGGACGCGGCGGGGCGCGCGCAGGGCACCGCGGACGAGCUCUCGAAGGCGCAGGAGGAGUGGGCGCGCGAGCGGGCGGCGCUGCAGGACCGGUUAUCGGCGGCGGAGGGGGCGCGCGACGCGGCAGGGCAGGAGGCCGCUGGGCUGCGGGCGGCGCUCGAGGAGGCGUCGGCGGCGCGCGACGCGGCCGCGCAGGAGCGCGACGCGGCGGCGGGGCGCGCGGAGGAGCUCGAGGGCGAGCUCGGCGCGGCGCGGGCGGGCGCGGAGGGCGCGGCGAAGGACUCGGCGGAGCGUGACAAGACGCUGCGCGACGAGCUGGAGGCGGCGAAGGGACGGGAGCGGCGGCUGGAGGAGCGCGUCAAGGGGCUGGACGGGGAGGUCGGGAAGCUGCGUGCGCAGCUCGAGGAAUCGACUCAAGGGAGCGGGGAGCUGGAAGAUAGGAUCAAGAGACUGCAGAAGGAGAACGGGGAGCUGAGCGACGCGCUCCAGGCGCUGCGGGACGAGGCGCGGCGGAGAAGGACGUGCGUGCGGCCGCGGAGCGCGACCUCGGCGACGAGCGGGGGAAGGCGGAGGGGCUGGGCGCGGCGCUCGAGGCGGAGCGAGCGGCGAAGGCGGAGCUGGCGGCGGCGCGGGCGGCGCUGGAGGAGGAGUUCGCGGCGGAGCGGGCGCGGGCGGAGGCCGAGCGGGAGCGGGCGGGGGCGGAGCGGGAGGAGCUGUCUGGGCGCGGCGCGGCGCUGCAGGCCGAGCUGGACAGGGCGCGGGAGGACGCGAGGGGGGAGGCGGAGGCGCUGCGCGGCGAGGUGGCGCGGCUCGCGGGGGAGCUCGAGGCGGCGGGGAGCGCGCUCGCGGCGGCGCGGGGCGACGGCGAUGCGUUGCGCGGCGAGCUGGACGACGCUCGCGCGCAGCUCGCGGGCGCCGAGGAGGCGCGCGGGGCGCUGGAGGCGCGGUGCGGGGACGCGGAUGCGCGGGUCGCGGAGCUCGAGGCGGCGCUGGCGGCGGCGGAGCAGAACGGCGCGGAUCUCGCAUCGCGCGCAGCGGCGGCAGAGGAGGAGCGCGAGGGGCUGCGGGCGGCGAAGGGCGCGCUGGAGGCGCGCGCAGCCGAGCUGGACGCGGAGCUCGCGGCGGCGCGCGAGGAGGGCCGCGAGGCGGCGCGCGGGCUGCAGGAGAAGGCGAACGAAGCAGACGGGCUGCGCGCGCACCUCGCGCGCGUCCAGCAGGACCGCGACCGGCUCGACGGCGCGCUGGGCGCGACGGCGCAGGAGGUGGCGGCGCUGCGGGCGGCGCUCGAGGGCGCGCAGGCCGAGGCGGAGCGUCUCGCGGCUGCCGUUGACGAUGCCCGCGAGGGUGUCGUUGUGGAGCGGGAGCGCGGCGCGGCGCUGGAGGCGGCGCUCGCGGCGGCGCGGGAGGAGGCCGCGGGGCUGCGGGCGGCGGUGGAGGAGGAGCGCGCGCGCGGGGAGGAGGUGGUGGCGCGGGAAAAAGCGGACGGCGCGGCGCGGGCGCGGGCGGCGGAGGCGGCGAGCGCGGCGGCGGUGGACGACGAGAUCGCGAAGCGGCGGCGCGCGGAGGGGCAGGUCGCGCGGCUGCUCGGCGACAUGGACGGCGAGCGGGAGCGCGUCAAGCGCGAGAUCGAGGAUCAGGCCGCGCGCGACGCCCUCAAGAUGCUGCGGCGCUGCGAGGACCUGA